UGACAGUUGUCUGAGGAGCACGGAGUUCUCGAUUAUUUAGUCUGUAGUGAAACAAAAUAAAUUGUUAAGUGCGCGGAUCGGCCGUGUGUCAGGAUUUUUAAUUUAUUUACCGAAUUAUUGUGUUUUGUCUAUUGUUUUUCGUAUAAUUUUUAGUUCUUUAACUCAAGUUGAAUGAAACUAUUAGCUAAAGCCGCUAAUUAUAAUGAAUCUCGAGUUUGAACACCACUCACAGUAAAGUGGAAGUAAACAUUCGCAGUAAUUUCCAUGGUAAAACAUCGUUAUCAACAUAGUUUGAUGCCAGUACCUUGACAAUAAUCGCACAAGCGAUAUCAAUUAUACAAGACUGAUUUUUAGUAGACAUUCCUAUAUGAUGCAAUAGACAAGAUGUUCAAGCUCUUGGGAGGACUUAGCGUGUACUUCAGGUACCAGCCUGUUAAGACUGACAAUGCCGUGUUCAGGCUCCACAAUGUUUUCACCACAGUGCUGUUGCUUACAUGCUCUAUUAUAAUCACGGCGACGCAGUAUGUGGGACAGCCGAUACACUGUAUAACGGGGCCAGGGCUGCCCAACCAUGUGGUCAACACGUUUUGUUGGAUCACGUCAACAUUUACGAUGCCCGAUGCGUUUGCUCGAGAGGUGGGAAAGGAGGUGGCACACCCGGGUGUACUGAAUGAAUAUGACAGCUCACAAGACAAAAAGUACUAUACCUACUACCAGUGGGUUUGCUUCGUGCUGUUCUUCCAGGCGAUAAUGUGUUAUACACCCAAGUACCUGUGGGAUGCCUUCGAAGGUGGCCUUUUGCGCACUAUUAUUAUGGGCCUUAAUAUAGGAGUCUGCCACGUUGAAGAGAAAGACAAGAAGAAGGACGUUAUUAUUGGCUACCUCAUCAGACACGAAAGGAGGCACAAACUGUACGCAUUCCGGUACUGGGGAUGCGAGCUCCUCUGCCUGGUCAAUAUCAUCUUACAACUGUGGAUGAUGGAUAGCUUCUUCAAUGGAGAGUUCCUUUCAUAUGGUACUAGGGUGCUGGGGUAUAGUGACGUGCCGCAGGAAGAAAGGUACGAUCCGAUGAUAUACGUGUUCCCUCGCGUAACAAAAUGUACAUUUCACAAGUAUGGUGCGUCAGGCUCUAUACAAACCCAUGACAGCCUCUGCAUACUACCGCUGAACAUAGUGAAUGAGAAGACCUAUAUUUUUCUGUGGUUCUGGUACAUUAUACUCGCGGUGAUAUUGACGCUACUAGUAAUUUACAGGCUAGUAAUACUCUUCGUGCCAUCAAUCCGACCGCGCCUAUUACACGCACGCGCUCGUACUAUUCCUAUGGAAUCAGCGGUUUUUAUAUCACGAAGGACCGAUGUCGGUGAUUGGUGGCUGCUUUAUAUGUUGGCCAGGAAUAUGGAUCCCUUGAUAUACAGGGAACUGAUAGCGGAGCUUGUAAAACGUAUGGGUGAGAAGAGUGGACCGCGGGCGUGACGUCCGCCGCACACAAUUGCCGUGCUCAGUGUAUGACAGCGUGAUAUGAGCCUUAAAUAUAGUUUAUUGGAGCUUCUUGGCUUCAUUUGGCCACUUUUGGCCAUUCAUGACUUAGCCAAAACCGGCCUAACUUGAUUUCGACAACCCUUUUGCCUUUGUUUGGCAAUAAAUACUGUUAAGGGCCCCACUUGGCAUGGCUAAAUCUUUUCCGACCCAACUUGCCAUGACUCGUCAUCACUUGUUCAGCAUUUGGCUGUUUUUACAGUACUUGACUUGGCGUAGAUUAUUAUUUUUUUUAAUUUUAUGAAUCCAAGAACUUAAAAAAGUAUACAGUUUAUAAACGUAUACGUUCUCAACCAUAUAUAACAAAUACGGAUUCUGUAAAAUCAACAUGUUCGUAGCGUUUUUUUUAAAUAAACCAAACCAGUAAAUCACAAGGAAUAUUAAUUUCUGUCAGCAAAAGUAUUUUAACACCAUGAUUUGAGAGAAUGUGAUUUUUUUUUACUAUGUUUUUCUAUCGUUCCAGUUAAGUAGUGCUUGUGAUUCUCAUGGAGUUAAUUUUGUAUAUGCUCAAUAUUUUCUCGAAAGGUGAAAAAACAUAGUAAGGAAAUCUAUAUGUUAAACUAUACAAAGGCCUUAUUAAGACCUCAAGCCACAAAUUUAAGGGAUUGUAACGCCACUAAAAAAUGGUUGUCUGUAAAGUCGGUUUACGGAAGAUAGUACGUACGUAACGUGACAACGUCAUAACAGAACAUUAUGAAAUGAUUGCAUACUUAAGUCCUCGAGUAGAAGAGAGAUAGAUGCGGCGUAAGCGUACAAUGAGCGUAACGGGACAAUAAGUCAUGUUUUGCGUGCAGCCGGCGUUCAUUUAGUUAUUAGACGUUGUCAAGUCAAAAAAUACUUAUUAUAAAUCUAUAUCUGAUCUAUUUAUUUCUACGCCAAGAUACGUUUCAACAUAAGUGACGUCUUCGAAUUUAUUUGUGCUCAAAUAUGAUUGUUUAUCAUUAAUCAUCAAUGCCUAUAUAAAAACCAAUCGUAAUCUCAACGAGUCGUAAAGUAUAUAGAGUGGAAUGAAAGCUCAUUUGUAUGUUACGAUAGAUAUACGUGUUGUUGUUAUUACGGAUUGUAUUUCUUGCUUCUGAAACAAUGUGAAAAAUAGGUCCAAGUUUCAGAUCUUUGAAAUCUCGCAAUUUAUGCCUAAAUUCGUUACCAUAACGGAUUCCUAGUUUUCAUUCAUCAUUUCAUUAAGAGUUUCCGUUAUGUCGCUGGAAUCUCAAUUUCCAUGACUGCUUCAGACUAACAGUAAAACCAGCUUAAAUCUCAAUUUAAAUACCAAAACCCAAGUGUUACUAAUCUAUCUAUGAAAGGGUAUCUGAGACGCAGAUUUUAAUUUAAUUUUGUAGUUUUGGAAACACGUCUAUAUGGUUCAGUUUUGACAGCUCGAACAAUUUAGUUACUGACACGUAUUUUAAUGCGAUAUAUAUAUUUGUUUAUUUUCUAUAGAAAAAUCAAAAGUAGCAAUUAUUCAUUCCCAAUUCCACUUCAAAUAUAUAAUAUAUAUACAUAUAUAAACGGGAAUGAAAUAUAUAUCUUUUGCGUUAUUGAAUAAAAAUCUCAACUUCAGUCGUGAUUUGUACCCUAUACAAGGUAUUAGGUUGUAUUAAUAUUACUUAUUUAAUGGAUUUAAAUGUACGAAUUGACUUUAACACAAAGUAAAUAAUUACAUUAAAAAGUUGCACUAACUGAAAUAAUCUUUUCUCUCUUUCUGUCACAUUGUGUUUAUUCUGUGUUGAAAAGCGACAAAUUAACACUUUAGUCGGAGUGCAGUUGGACUAUAUCUUAUGAAUAACUCGGUUAAUAUUCCAUUGUAAGGGGACCUGAUUUUGUGACUUCUGGUAUAAAAACUCCGAAAUUUUCCAUGUAAUUCAGUGUGCCAAAUGCGACAACAUUUUUUUAUAAGUAUCUGUGGUUAUGUAAGUUGCUACGCAUAUCAAAUGCUUGAAUUAAGUUUUAAAUGUUUUAUAUAUUUUUAUUUAGGUAAAUAGAGUAUAGCAGUUGUUCAUUAAGAAUUAACAGUGAGAAUUUAUUUUAUUGGAAAAUAACUUAUAACAGGUCACCAAGCUACAUUUAUUUAAUCGUAGUUUUAUGUAUUAUAAACAAACAGAUAUACGAUAUACAUUUAUAUUUCAAAUGUAAAGAUUUAAUUUUAGAGACAACUCCGAAUAUUUAAAUAAGCGCCAUCUAUUGUAAACUAUCGUCAACGUUUAAAAAUCAAACAAUACGAAUUAAUAAUGAAAUGUGUCUGUGUACACGCAUUAGAAGUUAAUAAAUUAAAUUCUUUGGCGUAACAAGUUUAACAUCGUUUCAAAAUUUUAUUCUACGUUAGUAGAAAAAACGAAAUUAACUAUGGAAAAUAUUAAAAUGUUGACUAAAGCAGACGCGCUUCAGAAAAAUUUACUCUCACAAUUUUUUCCUUACGCGCCAAAAGAAGUAUAACUUCAAAAAAUACAUUCCGAGUACAAAUAGUAAAAAAUAUAGAGAUGCUUCAUCUAGCAAGGUAGUUUCUCUCUGUCUAAUUCAGAUAGAUGGCGCUCAACAGAUUUUUUAAUGAGUAACUCUGAGAUGCCUUUGAAAAAUAUCUUCAAGGUGUUAUCAUAAAUUCCUAUUCAACGCUCUCUUGUAUAUACCGCUUUUUGGAUAGUUCUACCCUCAGUUUUAACAGAUUAAUUCGUUGCGUAAUUUAAAAAUUAGCAAUGUUUUGCAAAAUCAAGACUAAUAGUCUUUUGUUACGUUCUAAAACACAAUAAGACAAUUCAUUAUAUAAUCAGAUUUAAUAUUUAAAACAAAAUAUACGCACUUCUCGUUGUGUUUCCAUUUUAAAUAUAUUUUAGCACGCAAUAGGUACACACAUUUGUUAUUUAAGACUAUCGGGUCCUUUGCGUACUCUUGAAUUGUUUUAUUGUUACGGAAUACGAAACUGGCCCUAAAAGACUGUUCAUUAUGUGUUUUGAUGUAUUUACAAAAUUCAAGGAGACUGAUGUCUGUUAAGUCGUAGCGAGGUAGCGAAGUUUACAUUUAAUAUUAUAACUUUCACUUUUAUAAAUUGUUUAUUAGUAAUCAUAACAAUCAUACAGAUAUUCUUAACCUACAUAGUAAUAAUUAAUAAAGAGAAAAUUAAAACAAUUUUAAAAAAGUUUGGUCCGUUUGGCAGCAGCCUUUAACGCUGGCAGCAUUUCCUCGCUGUAUGACGAUACUUAUUCGUUGAGCGAGGAAAGCACCAGCUCUGAGGUCACCGGUACUAUCUACCAGGCGACAACUUAUACCUUUAAUUAGCGCCAGUGCAUUUGAACCCUAUGGCCCAAGAGUCUCUACUCCAACGGGAACAAAAUCGAAGUUAGAGGAUUUAUAUUUAUUAGAGCCGUUUAUUAUACGAUCGGCCGCCAGCUUUUAUUUGUUUAUUUUUUUAACCUAAAAAUCAUUGUUUGACAAGGUGAGUUAAGCAUGCCUUUAUGCAUAUAUACAGUCAUUAUAUUCAUAGCAUUUAAGUAUCGGAUUCAAAUUGAUUUUCGCGUCAACACCUCGCUACGUUGUGGAUGUGCCUAUAUUGUUUGUAAUGUUUAUACUUUGUAAAUGACAUUUUUGUAUCGGUGGGAAUGAAAUCUCAAAAUGCUCGAUUUGAAAUUGUAAUAAUUAUGUUUAAAUGAGAUUUUAUUGGAAUUUUAAUAUUUUGAUUAAAGUUCUCGAAAUGAAUGACUUUUGACAGCUGUGUGUGUAAUUUUUAUGUCUCAUGAUUAUGUUAAACAAUAUAUUAACUUUGUAUAAUUUCUAUUGAAAUUAUUGGAUGUAUAUUUUCCGGUCUGAGCUUGGGGGCUCUGGGAACUUACAAGUUCUGGUUAUCAUGAUUGAGCAAGAUUAAAAUUAUCGUCGGAUUAGCGGACGUACUGUGUUAGUUACUAGAGAUACAGCGAUAAGUAUGACUUCUGUAUAUCACGUUGUUGAUAUAGGGAGUCAUACUAAGCCCCCAAGUCUCGACUCUAAGGGGAAGAUUCCGAAGCGAGACUAACUAAAAGUUCGCGCUAAGUUUCGGUUCAGAAUCUCUUAGUAUUCCAGUUACAACUGCUUCUGCUAACGACUUUAACCAACUUACAUGCCUUUACAGCCGAAGCAUCCUUUUAACGCGCAUUGUAUUUUUAAAUAUAUUUGAAUAUAUAUGUCAUUAAUUAAUCGUAAUAUUGAAACAAUCUUGCUAAUAGUCAUGGUAAACUAAGAUUUAUAAGAAAUUCCGUCGCAUAAAAUUAAAAAAAGGCAUGACUAAAUGAAUAAAUAUAAAGUUCAAAAUGGCCUUUCGGCUUAGUUAUAAGAAAUGGUAAUUGUGUUAUAAAAACUAUAGUUUUAGUUUUUGUAAACGCUAUCAAACUCGCAUUUAUUUUAGUUUUUAUUUUGUAUUUAGUUUAAAU